AUGACGGCACCUGCCAAUGGACCCCACCUCACAGAUCAACGCCAACGCGGUCACAUGCAGUUGCUCACCACCAACCACAACACGAUACCGUCAAAACACUGGCGCAUGCCCUGUGCCCCAGUUACCAACAACGAUGAGUCAAACACGAUGGAAUAUGGGGGGGAUAGACACAACCAGAGGGCGGGCUUACAAGCACAACGACGAUGA